AUGGCCGACAUGGACGAGGAGGAUCUCUUCGCUGAUCUUUACGACGGCGAGGCAGACGAGCCCACCACACCAGCCCCAACCACUGCCAAGACGGAUCCGGAGCCUGCGCCGGUCCAUGUAGAACAGCAGAGUCAGCCUGCUCAUGCAAAUGAGGUCCCGCAAUCCGACGACAACGGCGAUGACUUCAACAUCAAAACCGAGUACGAUGGUGGACAGCAGUACGCUGGCCAAGCAAUGCAAGGCAUGGAUAUGAAUGCACACAAUGGCGGGUAUAGUGAUCAACAAGUGGGCCACUCUGAGGAUAGAGAUCGCCCCAUUCAGAUCAAGGACGAUGGGUAA